CACAGUUCCACACUUCGGUUUCUCGUAUAUAACCUUCAUGGGCUCCCUGAUACCGACAUCAAACCUUUCCCAUCUGCCCAAAUCAAACCUCCCUCAUCUACCUUGAUCAGAUAUGUUCGUUCCUCCCCACAAAACAGUUUGCUUUUCAAAUCUGCCUUUGGAAAAAAUCGAGGCGGUCUUCGCUAACAGCCUGUCCUGGAUUGCAGGAUAUGACAUCGAAAAACACGCAUGGGUUAAAUCCAAGGCUUACAAUGAAUCUGCUUACGAUCAAGAUGCGUGGAGCAAGCUAGUCAAGGACCAACAGACUAAGGAUCUCAUCCAGUCCAUAUUGGAUGCCAUUGAACGUUCUCCUGGAAGUUCAAAAGUUUGGGAAGGCAUGAAUGUCCUGCUGAAAGGAGCCCAAGGAACGGGCAAAAAGACGGUUGCUCAUGCGGUCUGCAACAGACUCAAGCGUCCGAUGCUCGUCAUUCGGGCCAAUGACGUCCCAACCCUUGCCGAUGUGAGACCUUGGGCCGCCAAACUAGCAUCGGAACAUCUCAACAUGAUGAUUCAAGAAUUUAAAUUACACGAAUGCAUCUGUCUGUGGGCCUCCGUGUUGUCAUCCACUCAGCAGGCAUUACUUGGCCCGUUCGCAGCCACCUUCGAAUUCCCCGAUCUUGAUCAGCCAGCCCGUCGCCAACGUUGGCUACUAAUUUUUAGUCGAGGUGACCUGGCGGAAACUAUCUCUAGAGGCAAGCAUGCAUCGGCCCCUACCGUGAGGGAUCGAAAGGCGCAGGCCUUCCUUCGGGAGAUUGAGAAAAUCUCUCGGUAUGAACUCGACGGAGUCCAGAUCGAAAAUUGCUUGGAUUCAGCACGAACUAUAGCUGGGAGGCAAAAUAUAACCCCUCAGGACAUGAAGAAGUAUCUCAAGGGCUGGGAUGUGCCCCCUUAUGUAUGCAGCACGAUGUCGCGGUUUUUUGCGCUUCGUUACAUGCCAUCCAAGUCAGGAAGUGACUAUUGGUGGUCCAAGUUUCGAAGGACACGGUGAACACAUUCAAUGUGCCUGUCUAAAAUGUGCUUGCUGGCUUGUACUCAUAAGAUUACGGUCUUAGUAACUACUUACUUACCAUUGUAUAUACUAGUAUGUCACGAAAGGGACGAAGGACUUCGCCAUUCA